CCCUUUGUACUACGUGUAUCUUGCUAAGUCUUAUUGACAAGGCUCGACGAAUCUGAGCAACCUCUAGGUACCGGAGAGGUAGACACUCGACAAUUCUGUUUUCGUGGAAUUCUUGGUAUACGUUCGCUCGUUUGGCUAUCUCAAGUCGGCGUCAAACGAGUGGAAGCAGAGCUCAACCUGCGUGCCAACACGCGUAGUAUGUGUGCAGGGGAACGCCCUCCCAAUACAAUAACGCUUGAAGAGCUAUUUAAUAGGAAAAAUAAAUAUCUUGGGGGCCCACCCGAAGACGAUGAACUCGAGCUCAGGUUGCAAAUCCAGGGUUUCAAGAACUUCCCAGCUCUAUAUAUGACAUCCAAGCUACUUCCGGAUGGAUUGUUAUGGCACUCUAAAGACCGUAAUCGCACCUAUGAAGUUGCAACAAUGGACGUCUCCACCUUUCAGCUCUCAGAGAACUUCUUCUGGCGUUACCGGCUCCUUGCUCUCAUGACAAAGAUCGUUGGAGAGGGACGAACGCCGCUCGAAAAGCGGACCCCUGAGUGGUUUGUAUCCCAAUACCUCGAACGGUUCGCUCAUCCCGCCAGCGAUGAGCACGAGCGACUCAUCUACGAUUCUACCGAUUCCGAUGUCGAUGAAGGCAAGACUCAAUUGCCCCGUCACCCAAGGCGAAUACACAGGCGCGAUAUUCUAGGGCUAUUUGCUGCCCAGUCGGAAUGGUUCGUUACUGAUAACGAAGUGAAGCGCAAGCGGAUAUUUCCUUUCAAACCAUGGAACGCAUUUAGAAAGGAAGUCAGAAAAGCAAGAUGGCAAGCUGCACGCAACAAUGUCAUCUGGGGCUGGCCGAUUGGUCAUCAGAAUCAGCCGGACCUGGAGUCAGAACCAGACAGCGAAGAGGGAGAUGAUGAGGAUGAUGAAGAUGGCGAGGACACCAGAAAUAUGGUGGAGCGGAAUCCUGUCAUUGGCAAGACAAACGAGAUCGUGCGCCGUAAAAUCGACAAAGCCAAAACCAGACGAACCCUGCCGUCUGCCCGGCGUGACAACGAAGCCGGCUCGUCAUCGUCGUCCUCAGAUGAACUCGAUCCUGCUAGGGCACAUGCGUAUAUGUCAGACUUCUCUCGGGAAUCAUCUAGUACUGCUUCUGAUUCUUCGGAUGAAUCCGUGGACGAGCGCCUACUUGAUUUCGGAGAGCUCAUCCCACGCCAGUUGUCCCAAGUCCCGGAAUUACCAGGCCCCGAUAACCGCUGGUGGUGUCCUGUCCCAGAAUGCGGGCACAUGGUUGAUUUGCAACGUCUCACACGAGAUGAUAUAAAAGCCCUCUCAGCAACCACCGUCUUCUAUCUCAUGGAGAAGAAAUGGCGGAGUAUUCGAGAAGAUGAAAGAGCUAAAACAUGUUUCUUUGAAAUGGUGUCUAAGCAUUACGAGGAUCAUUUUACAGACCUUGGUUUAAGGUUUGUUCAGACUAAGGGAAGGAUCGGAAUAGAUUCGAUCAGGGAUAAACGGCGUGGUCCGCAGGCGGUAGUCAUCGUGAAGGAGGAAGUUAUUUAAGAGCUCCCCCUGAUUCCAGUCCGGGGCCCUAUAAGUACAUAUAGACUGUAAUAUAGGUUGCAGUCUGUUAAUAACAUCCCACGGAC